AAAGUUUUUUUUAGCGUGUCAAAGACCGCAGCUCAUAAGUUGAUAAGUCGGAGUUUCCGUUUGCUUCAGCUUCUGGCAUAUCCAUGUCGUACCAUGGCCGAAAAUAACUGUGCAGCUUGUUUGUUACUCUCCGGCUGUUAUUAUGUUGUCCAACAGAAACAGCUGACUGACUGACAGAGAGCCAGGCUGAGGCGGCAUGGCGGUGGCUGACCCAAACGUUACUGCUGCUUCUUCAAGGUGAAAGGCAACGGUGGGAUCCUCCAUGGGCUGAGCCGUCACCGACUGAAGAUGAUUGGCUCACCGGACCUGCUGCCCUUCACCGGCAGCGGGGGGUUUGAGGAGGAAGGAGAGGAACCGGGGGUUCACACUCUGCCUGAGGAGUUCUCUGUCCGCCUUUUACCGCCUCACAACCCCUGGAGCACAGCAGCCCAGUUUCACCGGGACUUUAUACUGGUGGCUGAAUUCUCAGAGCAGGUUGGUCCAAAGCCUGUCUUAACAAUACCAAAUAAUCCGAAGAUCAUCGGCUCGUUUGACCUCAACCACUUCUCCGUCCGCAUUAUGUCUGUGGACUACCAGGCGUCCGGCCCGGGUCACACCUCCCCUGCUCUGUCUGGACCCCGCCUCAAUUUCAGCGAGGACUCCAGGGUAAUCCUGGGAGACUCAGCAGACGACUCGUUUGCGUAUGUUCAUCACCUGACCCUGUAUGACCUGGAGGCUCGGGGGAUGGUGCGACCUUUCUGCAUGGCCUACGUGUGUUCGGACCAGAGAAAGCUGAUGGAGAACUUCUCUGAGCUGUCCGAGUGUUUUUCUCAGGCCUCUGACAGCUUGAAGACUGGAAACAGACAAGCGUUCUCCUCUGAAUUGCAGAGAAAGCUGCAGGAGCUCGAGUACAGACGGAGGGCCCUGCUGCAGGACACACACGCCUCCACAGGAGCAGGAGGCAGAGCUGAUGAGCUUGAAGCUUUAGAGCAUCUGAUCCUGAACCACAGAGAGCUCCUUCGCCAGGUCACAUCCUACCCAAACAGGAAGCUCCAGCAGCCUGACUUCCUGCCCUAUGACACGGCCGACCUGCAGUCUGAGCCGUCCUCUCCCUGCCUUCCCUCCACUGCCUCCUGCAGGUCUGAGUCGCUUCUGAAGCCACUGGAGGAGCUCUGCAACUUCUACUUCCUGUCCCUGGUGAAAAACCAGCUGGCAGACACGGAGCGGCGUCUGCGUGGUGACAGGAGCGUCCUGCGAACUGAUCGUGUCUCACAGCUACUGUCCAGGAAGCUGAAACUUACAAACUUCCUGUUUGAGCUGUGCUGCCCUGUGGAUGCUGAGGAGGAAGAGGAGGAGGAUGAAGCAGAGAGGGUCAUGGGGAACACUGUGGGAGCUGUGGAAAGACAGUCAGAAAAGCAUAGUGUGGAGUUAUUCUCCUGUGUGGAAGAAAUACAGAUAAAGAUGGAGGGAGUGGGAGGUGGGAGAGUGACCCCUGACCCCAGCACGUCCACAGACAUGAUGGGCAGCGUGAGCAGCAGCGACAGCAUUGAGGUUCUCGGGACGGAGAAGUCGUACCGAAGUCAAUGGGCCAUUGUAUCCGACAGCAGAGAAACCCGUGUCGGGACGACAGACGUGAUUCUCCAGCAUGCAGCAGGAGACGCAGGCAUUCGGCGCCUGCGAGCCUCCGCCAGGCGUGCCAACAGUGAGGACAGCAUCGAGGUUCUCAGCACGACUGAGUCCAUCGUCCCUGACGACCUGUCUGCCAUCACAGAGGAAGAGGCAGAGCAUCACACUCUGACCAAUGGAUUUGAGGAAGAGGAAGAGUCAGAGGCUGGCUGUAAGACUGAUGAAGUCCUCAAGGAGGAGAGGAUGAAGAACACUGCUACUGCCGGGAAGGAAAGAGCUGAAUCUGCUGGAAGAAAAGAACUUUUAGAGGAAAUAAUGUUCAAUGUUCCAGAGAAAGACAAUUCACUCACAGAGAAGAGUAACGAAGUCCAUAAAGACAAGAUGAAUAAACUGCUACAAGCUGGAGACGCAGUGGAGUCGAGGCAGAAGAAGUUGAGGCCGGUGUUUGACCUCCAUGUAAAAAUGGCUCCUAAAAGCGUCGUGGCGGAGGGAGCUCUGCGCACGCUGCCCUGCGCUCCUGUGAGGCUGCUCAGCGUGGACGAGUUCUCUGACUGCACCAGCUUCACCAGCAGCUCAGAGCCACCGUCUCCCACCACAGCCAACCUCACCAGCACAUGUGUGGACAAGAAAAGGAAGAGGAGAAGGGCUGGCCUGCGAGCCCUCAGGUUCAUCAAGCAGCUCUCCUUCUCCCAGCAUGCCAUCUUCUGUUUGCUGAUUGGCCGGCCACUGGUUGUCAUCGGAGGAGACGAGCAGCUGGUGAGGAAGCUGGUGGACGGCUUGAGGCUCUUCCUGCCAGCACCUGGUGCUGAUGGGAGCGCUGUGAUGUCAUGUUUGGCCACGCCCCUCCAGCUGACCGACCUGCUCACCUGGAGGCUCAUAGGAAUACACAGAUCAUCUUCCAGUGCAUCCUCUUCCAUCCUGCAGUCUCUGACUCACUUGAGUCGUUACAUCGCAGUGCUGGACCUGGAUCAGAAGACGCUGCGCUGUCCUUCAUACGCCGGAUCCCUGGCCGGCUUCCUAGCCAGCCCUCACACCGGCAUCAGCCGCGGCCUGACCUACCUGCUGCACCUGGAGAGCUGCCUGACUGCGCUGGCCAACCGGGUGCUGCUGCAGACCUUCACCGCUGCUUCCCAGCGUUACAGAGCCAUCGCCGAGGAAAAGGACUCGCAGCAAGCACCACAACUCUGCUGCAGUGAAAAUGAUUUUCAAGUGAUGCACUUUCUGACUGACCUGAUCACACAGCGGCACACCAGACACGGACCGCCGCCUUUCAGGUUUUCCUACAGCUCAGUGCAGCUUCACAGGAACACAUAUCCGACAUAAACAGACUGAGGAGCAGAGCAGAUUCACAGGAUGCUUUUAUUUUGGUACCUGCCCUCCGAGUCCAUACAAUGCCUUAGUUGUAAUUAGCAGCUGCUGUAUGUGCACAAAGGAUUGUUCAAAUUAAUAUAAAUAUGAGCACAUUUAAGACUCAAACGAAAAUGAAUGUUAACUGUCUCCACCCAUCAGCUUGACCUGGAGGUGGACAUGAAGGAGCUGGUGCAGACCUCUACCCUGAACAGGUCGCCAGUCCAUCAAAAUUAAAUUAUACCUCCAUCAUAAAUUCAUACAUAUCAAUAAAUAAGCCAAUGCAAAGAUAACCUGUACACCGUAUGGUUUCAGUUAGUCUGGCACUGUGACUUCUGCUUGUUUUUGACUAAUUUCCUUUUUUUCAGAACAAAAAUCUUUUUGUCAUUUUGAUCAUUUAAUCUAGUCAAACUAUGCACCCCUAAGUAUAAAUGUCAUGACUAUAGGCAAUGUAAAAGUGAAUCAGAGAAAACCUCAAAUCUGUAACAUUUUCCAGAUUUAUUUAAUCAAAUCCAGAGCAUAGGGAAUCCUAAAACUGAGGGUUUAUUUUUAAGACAUUUUUUUAGCACUGACUGUCAGCAACUUGCAUCCGCAUAAGUGUUGUGCUUCCUAACUUUAAUGCAUAAAAUAAACUUUUUCUAACAA